CAAUGUCAAAGAACGUAAAUUUGGAGAAACACGCGAAAGUUUAAGAACCAAAAAAAUCGAUUGCAGAAUUUUCAUGCAUUUUUAACACUGAAUUUGCCUACAAUUGUUACAAAUAAAUGGUUCAUUGAAAUAAAUUUGGGUGCAAACAUUGUUAUAUGCUUAUAAGUUUAAUGAAAAAUACGCUGUAACAUUCAGCGCACGGCAAAACUUUUUGGCCCAUCAACGAGACGGGUGUAGAGACGGCAAAAAAUAAAAUAAAAUUAGAAAUGUCAUCGAGUGCUGAUACCGGAACAGGAGCUGGCGUUGGUGACGCUCUCGGUGAUAGCGAUUUAGAGCAACGCAGCCCUGAUCGGUCAUCUGGCGGUGGAGGUGGUGGUGCGUCGAAGAAAAAAUUGGGAACCGAAAUUGGGAAAGCAGCUGCUGAAAAAUCGCGUGGCCUCUUCUCCGCUGAGGAUUGGCAGUGCAGCAAAUGCGCCAAUGUAAAUUGGGCUCGUCGGCAGACUUGUAAUAUGUGUAAUGCACCGAAAUUUUGCGACGUUGAAGAGCGGACCGGUUACGGCGGUGGUUACAAUGACCGAGGCGUGGUCGAGUACAAGGAUCGUUCUGAUUCAGACAGCGAUUAUGACGAAUAUGGUCGUCUUAAGAAGCGCAAAAUGAAGGACAACGAAAAAUCCAAUGAAGAUGACAAGGAAUAUGAUGACACGGAUGAAGACGCACUCGAAGAGGAGGAAGAUGAAGAAGAUGAUGGUGGGGACCUUUCUAAAUACGAUUUGUGGGGCGACGAUGAAAUUACUCCUGUUACUCUUGUUACACCCGGUGGUGUUGACCAAAAACCGAAAGCAAGCUCAAAAUCAAUUGAGAAAAAGGAGACUCGAUCUCGCAGUCGUAGUCGCUCAAGGUCCCGUUCCCGUUCACAGUUGCAUUCACGUAGUCGCUCUCGAUCCCAUUCACGAUCUUCCACUUCGUCCAGCUCAAGUUCUUCUUCAUCGUACACUUCAAGUUCACGCUCCAGCUCUGGAGGCUCUCGUUCAGGCAGUCGAUCACGCAAAUCGGGUCAACGGACCACUUCCAAAGAUCGAAAGAAUUCACGGUCAAAUAGCCUUAAAUCUGCACCAUCCACACGAAAACGUUCACGAGCACGCUCCAAAACACACUCGCAAACAUCGCGAACUUCAUCACAUAGGUCCGGAAAAGCUGAACGAAAAAUUUCUAAGUCACGUUCACGAACAAGAUCAUCCUCCCGUUCGUCAUCGAAAUCAGCGAAGCGUAAGCGUCGUGCCUCCCAAUCCCCAGCUCGCCCCAGACAAGGACGUGCUCGCAAUCGUACACGAUCUCGUAGCACAUCACGCCAUCGCCACUGAGCUCUUGAUAUAAUACAUUUGGCUUCUUUAACAUACAAAAAAUAUGUGUAUGAAUGCAGCAGCAUUCCAGAACUA